AUGACGCGCAGAUUCGGGCUCAAGGGCGGCCUGGCGUGGUUGGGGGCGCUGACGUUCGGCGUGCUGAGCGAACAGCUCAAGACGAGACGCGAGACGCGCGAGGCGAUCGAGAACACCGAGGACGUGCGGAGGGAGGAUUUGAAGACGGUCGAACUGCCGAGCGGAGUGACGUACGUGGAGUACACGCGGGGGGGGGGGGAGCGCGUGCGAAAGCAGUACCUGUGCGCGGCGAAACUGCGCGCGCGCGCGGUUUCGGCGGAGGAGGCCGAGGCGUACGCGUACGACACGGAGUCGGCGGGAAGGGAAAUCGUGUGGUCGUUCGGCGGGAAGCUCGGACCGCCGUUGUGUCGAGGGUUAGAGGAAGGCGUCGCCGGGAUGCGACAGGGCGGGCGACGCGUCGUGCGCGUGCCGGCGCGAUUGGCGUUCGGGAGCGACGGCGCGGAUUUUCCGCGAGGCGGUAAAAUCGACCCCGACCGCGACGUAGAGUUCGACGUCACGCUGACGCGCGUGAGCGUUCCACCGAGUUGA